AUGUUUUCGGAUAAUGAAAUGACUUCUAAUGAUGGUCGUAUGACAUCAAAGAAGACGAACAAGCCGUUAAUGGAAAAGAAACGUCGUGCAAGGAUAAACCAUUGUCUUUCGGAAUUAAAAGAAAUGUUAAUUAUGGAUAAACAUAAUCUUCACGCUACCGGACAUGCCAAGUGGGAGAAAGCCGAUAUUCUGGAGAUGACAGUUGAGUAUGUAAAAAAGCUCCGAGCUGCUCGAGGUCUCGCAGAUGUUCCAACAAUACAACCUAUUGUCGUCGAUGAUGCAGAAGACAGCGUUCUCGAAACAAAAAUGACGCGUCAAAGUUCUCCUGCUCCUUCAACAUCAAGCACAGAAUCUGUUAGUGAACGCGGACAUACACCAAGUAAAAGAGCGCGUUUAUCUACUUGUUCAACAACAACAUGCUCCACAAUACCUCCAACUUCUACAACAAGUUCGAGGAUUAGCUCUCCGACGGCGUUCAUUGUCUCGCCUCAGCUGAACAAGCCUCCAAAUACAAAUCCAACAAUUCUUCCACACAUCGCUCAACCAUCACCUUUACUUCCAGUCAGUACUCCAACUGUUCUGAAUUCCAAUCUCGGUUUCAUGGCACAACAAUUGAUGUUUUUACAUCAGCAUAACAUGAAAAUGGCAUCAACUGCACCAACGUUUCUUCCAUCAGCCUCAUUACCCACGCCAAUUCCCAUAAUGCCAUGGAGACCUAUUUAA